GUCAGUCUCCCGCGGCCAUCGCUCGCGCUACACGUCGCGACUCCUCUCGACACUCACCGCACGUGCGUGGCGCAACCCUAUUUGUUGUUCCAAUUUUAAAAGUGCUGUGCCAACUUGUGAAUAGGAUUUUAACUUUUUAAUUCCCCGAUAAAUCCAAACUGAACCAGUUCUAACCAGUGUAGUGUGGUGAUAAUAGAUUAUGUGUGGUGACCACUCGGCCAGCAGUGGGGACCGUAGGUGACAAGUGUGAAUAAAUGAUAGAUUUUAGUGGACAAUGAUCGUUUGGCGAGCGAAGAACACUAGUCGACGGAAAUUCGGUGACUGGUCCAAAAUGGCAUCGGAUGUCGCGUCACAUUUACCAAGAACGGCGUUCGUUUGGCUUGUAUUAGCUUUAAUAUGCCCUGGAGCGUGGGCCGGCGAGUUAUGGCCCAUAGACCGGCCCGAUGGCAUGCCCGUCAUCCAAUCUCUGGAGGUCAUGUGCGGGAAGGACCACAUGGACGUCCAUCUCACCUUCUCACACCCCUUCGAGGGCAUUGUGUCGUCUAAAGGUCAGCAUGGCGACCCCAGGUGUGUCUACGUGCCGCCAUCUACCGGACAAACUUACUUUUCGUUUCGAAUCGCAUAUGCUAAAUGUGGGACGAAGCCAGAUCUCCACGGACAAUUCUACGAGAACACAGUGGUGGUCCAAUACGACAAGGACCUGCUCGAAGUGUGGGACGAAGCGAAGAGGCUCAGGUGCGAAUGGUUCAAUGACUAUGAGAAGACCGCGUCGAAACCACCGAUGGUUAUCGCCGACUUGGAUGUAGUCCAGUUGGACUUUAGAGGUGACAACGUGGACUGCUGGAUGGAGAUUCAAGCAGGAAAAGGUCCAUGGGCACCACCCGUGUCGGGCAUCGUGCCUCUCGGCUCCACACUCACCCUGGUCGUCGCUAUCAAUGACUAUCGAGGUGAAUUCGACAUGCGUGUAAAAUCAUGCGCAGCUUCAGACGGGUCCGGCCACAUCAUCCAGCUAUCUGACGAAUAUGGAUGCGUUUUGCGACCGAAGAUGAUAUCAAGAUUCCUGAAAGCGAAAGCCGCAGACGAGCGAGCGACCGUCAUCACGUACGCUUUCUUCCACGCGUUCAAAUUCCCUGAUGCGUUGAGCGUCCACAUCAGGUGUAAAGUGGAGAUCUGCAGGCAUGGGUGUCUGGAUCAUUGCCAAUUGGCAGGCGUUGCGCAACAGAGGCAUGGGGCUCUGGAUCGGAAGGACGACAGGACGCAUCAAGACCAUAAUGAGAUCAAUGACUCCUCAGCUGAAGGCUCAGAAACCAACAUAGUUGAAGAGCACCAACGGCUCCCAUUAGAAGAGGCUUUCGGAGACGAAGUAUCCGGCGACGCAGUGCCUGCCCCAGCACCUUUGGCAACUGCUCAGCGCCCGCCCGCGCCAGUUAUGGAACCUGAUACCGAUCAUAUGUCUGCAGUAAAUGAGUUGGUGGAAGCUUUGGCGAGGCCCUUCACUGAUCGUCCCUCAGACCUCGUCGACCGCGAACGUUUUCCACAAGGCCCUAGGAAUCUCGGUUCUGACGUCAAGAUAGAACCACUUGGAAACCGCGUAGUAUCAGCCAAAGCGCCAGGACCCGCAGUCGCUGGACCCAGGUCUUUGAGGAAGCGACGAAUGGUCAGAGAUGCCAGGUCAGCUGAUGUCGGAGUGUCGGGCAUUUACGAAGUGGUGUCUGAAGCCGAUCUAGCAUUUGGACCGUCAAAGGAGUCUGUGACAGUAUUCAGUGGAAGGAUUCGGGAAGAGGUGGUGUACGGCAUCUGCAUGGGCGCAGUGAGUUUCGGCGCCCUGUUCGCCUCGGCCGCCGGCGCAGCGGCCGGCGCGGCGCUGGCCGCCGCCGUGAUGCUGCAGCGGCUGCGCGCGCGCCUGCCGCCGUCGCCCGCGCGCGCCGCUGCUCCCGCGCCCGCCUCGCACUCGCUAGCCGCGUGGAUGGCGUUGCGGCUACUUGGAUCACCUCCACCGCAUCACUCAAGAGAGGGUUGAUCUGGGUCCGAGACUGUUUUCUUUUUAGGAUCUUUUGACAACUCCCAUAUACAGAUACAAAAAUUUGUCAUUGUGCUUUAUAGGAUAGACGUCCAACAGUCUCGGAGCUCGUUGGUCGUCGUUCAGCUAGAAAUUGGGCUUAUCGAUGGAUGAGAUCUAUCAUGAUAAGAAAGCCUACUUUAUAGCUAUUUUAGUAGUACUUGUCUAGAACGUGAGUGAGUAGUGUGUUAUGAACGCUUUAUGUGAAGGCUAGAUUGUCAAAUAGACAUUGGUACAGCUGCAUACAAUUUAUUCAACUUUAUGUGUGUUAACCAAGCGUACGCGCAGGUACUGGAAGUAGGUACUACUAAAUUACUAUAAAUUUGUAACUUGUAAGUACAUAUUUAAAAAAAAAACAAAAUAUUUAAAAAAUUUAAACAAUUUCGAUAGACAACGCUUUUAUUUUUCAUUUUCUGCCUAUCAAUAUCCAUAUGGGAGUUUGUCAUUUUUCGUGUAUAGUGAAAUAGUAUCUAAUUUUCGUAGGAAUUUCAUAUUCCAUUGAAGCGUUGAGAUACCUGAAUUGGGAUCAUGUUCCCCUAUCGAAAUAUUAUUAGCACGGUCAGUCAUAUUUAUAUCACUCUUGCACACAAAUAUAGUAUAUUUUAUAUAUGUAAUAGUGGACCAAGACAAAGCAGUUAAGAUUGUGUGUACUUAGCGUUAUUUUCAUGAAACCAAAGUAUACUUUCGUUAAAAAAACGGUGAAAACUUAUUGGCAAUGAUUUUAAGUAGGGUAAGCUAUAUUUUAAUCAUAAAUCUUAACUUUGCUCAUAGUUAUAGUAAUAAAUUUUAGUUCUUACAAUAAAAUGUGUAUUUGUAGGUAAUUAAUGAACCUAUGUAAGGUAAACCGAUUUUGUAAAAAAAAAAUCGAAUAAUAAUAUUUUAACUGUUUUGUCUUUCAUUUAGUUUUAAGAGGAUCUGCUUCGUUACGAGUAGAUACAGUGCGUAUUGUGCUCGGCUCAACUCACACGCCUCCAGUAAAAUAGAAAUUGUGACUCUCCCAUCUCUUUCGCUCGUGAAGUGUGUGAUUGAGACCUUUAACAACGCAUCAGGCAGCGGACACAGAUUUAUUACAUAUAUGUCUCGGUCACACGCCUACACAGAUACAAAAAUGGGUGACUCUUACAUCUCUUUCGGCCGAGAAGUGUGUGACUGAGAUAGGUUGAAUGCGCCCUAAAACUACGCGUAACGCAGCGGAUACACAAACUUAUGAAUCACAAGUUUCGAAGAUGCAAAACUGUUGGUGCUAAUGUGUGCUACGGACAAAGUCCUUUGAAACAUUUCACUGUUGUUGUGAAUAACAUUAUAUUAUACAGUUAAGUUGUACAGAUUUUUUUAUAAUCAUCGUGUUCGUUUAACCUAGCGUUAAGAAUAUUCGUCGAGUCAUGCCAUUAGGUUAAAAGGUUAAGUUUAGUUAAAACGUUUACGUGUUUGCCUGACUUGCUCAAAUGAUAACAUCUUCAUUGCAUGUGUAACGAAGUUUCACCAUUCAAAUUGAUUCUUAACAGAUUCUUAUUAAAAUUAGUAUGGUAUAAUCUAUUAAAGUCAUACGCAAUCACAAAGCUAAAUCGAAAUUCUUCUUCAUAGUCGUAUUCCCCAUGGCUGAGGAUCGUGGUCAUUACGUGGAAUGAAACACACACAAAAACUUUCUUGGCAUUAUCAAUGGAGUGGUUUGCCAUUGCCGUCUCCAUUUCACACACAAGUUAAUAAUAAUCAAACAGUGUGCAGGUUUCUUCACGAUGUUUUCCUUCACCGGAAGCAAGUGGUAGUCGAUGAAAACUACUUUACAUGAGUCAGAUUGGCAUGAGUCAGACAAACUCAUGUGGUACACAGGCGGGUGUCUUAAAUCGAUUUUAAUUAGCUGUGUUUCAACACACAGAACAGCUUCGGUGGAGUCCCGCUCAGUCGUUUCAUAUUAUAAAGUUUAACAUUGGCGUAAAAGCCAUAAUACCGCAUUGUUCAGUCGUACUCCGUCUUUUUCACGUUCACGAGGAAAUAUCGACGUACGUCAUCGCACGUCAGUGUCAAAACCUAUAGAAAACAACUGGGUGAAUUUUACGUCUGUUUUAAUGCGGAGUGUGGCGUGUAGCGUUUCAUUAGUGUCGCACGUUUUUUUUAAAUGAAGUAUCAUUCUUUUUAAAUCAAACAUUUAUAAAAUUUACAUUGUACCAGUACUUUACUUAUUUAUAAAAUAGGAUAAUUAAAUUGAUUACUGUGUAUGGUACAAUUUAAUAAACACUAAUGACAGCCCACGGCGGCGUUCAAAGAGCUCGUGAAAUUCACCCAACUAGGUUCUAAAUUGACGUAAAGCAGUUGAGGCAUAUAAUUUUGCCUUGAUCCGUUGCAGCGUCCACGUAUAGGAGCAACGCAGCUAAUAUAUUUAUGUUGUAUAAUAUUUUGAUAGUGGCUUCGAUUACUUUGAUGAAGAUGAUAUUUAUAUUUUAUGUAUAUUUUUGUGCAUAAAAAUAGGCUAGUUGAUUGGAUUUAUUGAAGUAUUUUUUAGAAUAUAAUGUGUAAAAAUCCAACGACGAUCUGCCUAUAAAGCGUUAUUCAUUUAAUUCUAAUUAAAAUAAAUGGCAUUUAAUAUUUUGAGAAAUACGCUUUUAUUAAACUUUUAGUUAUUAGUAAAUUGUUUUAUAUUCAUUAUUCUUUAUUUAUUUUUAUAUGUGCACUAACUAAGCGCGAAUUGAAUUACACAAAUCUGAAAAAAAUUGAACAUUAAGUUUUAGAAUGACUUUUGUAUUAUUUAUUGUUAAAAUCAGUUGAUAUAAUUACAGAGCACAGUCGACAGCACAUGAACAAUAUCAUUGGAAAUUUGCAUUUAUAUCUAUCGCAUGGAGUUCUAUUUAGGGUAACUUGACUUUCAGUCGACUGUAUAUUUUAUUACAAAAAAGUUUAUCUGUUUUUUACUUUUUCCAGUUACAGUAAAUAAAACUUUGCAAUUAUUUUGUAGCAUUAGUUACACUGAAUAUUAGAGUUUAAGACGUUUAAGUUAUAUUUAAGUAAUAAAUUGUAUAAUACUGAAACACCAAUGAAAGCAUACAUAUAAUACUCUCGAUAAAUACUGCUUUUAGUGCAUUUCCCUUUUAGUUUGCUCCAAGUUAUUUUAUUUGUCUUUAACUUAUUAUUUUUUAGUUAUGACUAGUAUAACUUUUAGUAUAAUUAUACUUAAUGAUAGUAAAUCAAAAUGGAUUGAGAGAUCGAUUUUAAAUUUAACUUGUACAAUAAUAACUCUUUAUUUUCAGUAGGUACACACGUUAGGGUAAGGAGCGGAUGGGCGCCGGCCUAGGGCGCGUGAAUACAAAGGGGCGCCGCAGGUGUAACCCUAAAGUACCGACAGAGCAUAGAUUUCUCAUAAAAAUGUACCCAAAUAUUGUAUGAUAAAUGAAAACGCAGAUAUUUUUAAAUGGGUGAAAACUUUGGAAUAGAUUGUCCAAUAUGAAACCUAGAUUAGAACUGUGUUAACCCAAAUGACAGGAUAUAAUAAUGUUGAAAUAUUCGCGGUUGGAAUAUAUUGGUAUUAGAUACAUACCGCAGGCUUCAUACAGAACUGAAGAGAAUGACCAGCAACAAAGCCAAGCUGUUAUCGUACGAUACUACUAUAGUAAAACUGAUUAGCUAUUCGCGACACACAUUGAAUUGGAGCAGUCCGAAAGGCACGUGUGUUUUGCAUAUAUAUCCUCACUUUUGCAUAUGAAAUAACUGGGGUGCCUCGAAAAUUUUGCCCAAGUCGCUUGUAGUGCUAAAACCGGCACUAGACCUUUUGAUAGUUCUAUGUUACUAAGAAUGAAGUGUAAUUUUUAGGUUAUGUAUUAAUUAUAUAUAAUCAAAAUCUUCACUUCUCUUACAAAUAUAACUUCAAUUUAUUGUCAACUAUUUGGCUAACUCUAUCAAACAUGAUAAGAUGAUCAGUUAUCAAAAUACCUAAGUAUAGUAUUUACUUUUUCGAAGUUGAAAGUAAAAUUAUAAAAUACUGGCCGAUAAGAAUCGGUCUCUCAUCCACAAUUUUUGUAACAUUCCACCCAAAAACUUUGCAUUUAUUUUAGCAGAACUAUUAUUUUGUAAGUUUGAGUAUGCGAGAAUAUUCUCUGAGUGCAAUUUUAUUUUUAUUAAUAAAUCAUUAAAUUCUCCUUCCAUGGGUUGUGGUAGUACUAUCGGUUCUUCUACGUAUUCAGGGGAAUAUUUAUUGUUUUUUUUUUAUAUUAAAAUAAUAUCUUUGUAUAGAUGCGACGAUGUGUUUAACGCGUAAGCACCUGUUAAUUUGUUUAAUGGAAUAAAAUGUAUGUUGAAACAAUAA